CAGCAUUCUCCCUCUGAGAUCUCUGACUCAUGAGCAGCCUUUUGGAAGGGGUCAUCAUGUAUGGUCUGCUGUGUGAGAGUCUGCAUGACUUCAUUAAGGAGUCAUACGGGGAUGACGUGUGGAAGCUGGUGAGAGAGAGAGCAGACGUUAGACUCCACUCUUUCGUCACACAUCAGGUCUACAGCGAGAGUGUAAUCCCACGCAUAGCGAAAGCAGCCAGUGGUGUUACAGGCACUCCCUAUAAUGAGCUGAUGAACUCCUGGGGUGUUUACUUCCUGGGCUUUGUGGGGAAGUACGGCUAUGACAGGAUCCUCAAGGUGUUGGGCCGUCAUGUGCGUGACUUUGUCAAUGGCUUGGAUAACCUGCAUGAGUACCUGCGCUUCAGUUACCCCAAAGUUCAGCCCCCCACCUUCUUCUGUCAAGAGGAGUCUGCUACUGGAGUUACACUGCACUACAGGAGCAAGCGGAAGGGCUAUCUACACUAUGCUAUGGGUCAGCUCAGACAGAUGGGCAAACAGUUCUAUGAUACAGACAUCCAUGUGGAGGUUCUCUCUGAGCAGCUGGUGGGAGAUUACUCCCACGUCACUAUGAGAUUGAACUUCGAUAACUCUGCUUAUCGCUACAUCCAGAAAGAGGAUGAAGAGGAGCAAGAGAUUCUGCCGAUCACCAGUGACUUUUUCUUUGAGGUGUUUCCCUUCAACAUUGUCUUCAGACAGGACAUGGUGGUCCACAAUGUCGGCUCUGGUUUGGCCACAGUUUUCCCUGAUCUGGAUGGAAAGAAGAUCAACGAUGCAUUCCUUUUGGCUCGCCCCUUGGUGGAGUUCACCUGGAACAUGAUCAUCUCCCACCCCAACAACCUGUUUGAGAUCAUGUCCAAGGAGCCUGUGAAGCGGGAGCGGAACCUUCAUAAUAGAGUCCAGAACUCUGAUUAUGAGAACGCUAAUCGCUCUGCUGAUGUAGACGUGGAGCUCAUGGCCUUCCAGUCCAUCAUUGGAGACGAUUACAAAGAUGGAAACAGUGCCAAUGCCAUGGAGAGCUGGGGGGACGGGAGCCGCUGCCUCAAACUGAAAGGCCAGAUGAGAUACAUGCCCGAAUGGGAGUCCAUUAUCUUCCUGGGAACGCCUGUAAUGGAGAGUCUGAGUGCCAUGUUUAAGACUGGACUCUACAUUAAUGACCUCAGUAUGCACGACUCCAGCAGAGACCUGGUUCUGGCAGGAACGCAGCAGUCUGAGGAGCUCAAGAGGGCUCUUAUACAGGAGCAGAAGAAGUCCAGUAAACUGGAGGAAAGCAUGAAGAUGCUGGACUAUGAGAUGAAGAAGACUGAUGACCUGCUCUACAGGAUGAUCCCUAAACCUGUUGCUAAGAGGCUGCGCAAGGGAGAGCCUGCGGUCAACACAUGUGAGGUGUUCCCGGAUGUGACCAUACUGUUCAGCGACGUGGUGGGCUUCACUCGGAUCUGCAGCCACAUCACCCCUAUGCAGGUGGUGUCCAUGCUUAACACCAUGUACACACUCUUUGACACUCUCAGCGAGAAGCACAGAGUCUUCAAGGUUGAGACUAUCGGGGACGCCUACAUGGUUGUAGCUGGAGCUCCAGAGAAGACUAAGUACCACGCCCAUAAUAUCUGCGACAUGGCUCUGGACAUGGUGCGCUCCAUCGACCACCUCAAAGACCCGUCUAAUGGCAACAACAUCCAGAUCAGAGUGGGCAUCCACUCUGGAAUGGUUGUUGCUGGGGUCGUGGGUCACAAAAUGCCUCGUUAUGGUCUCCAUGGUGAUACAGUCCAUACAGCAUCAGCCAUGGAAAGCAAUGGAAAGGAGAUGCACAUUCAGCUCAGCAGCGCUACCUAUGAGCACCUGAAGGGCAGUCACUUCAUUUUUGAGAGACGUGGGACCAUAACCAUAAAGGGCAAUGUGGAGAUUGAGACCUACUGGCUGAAGGGAAAGAGGGAUAAGGAUGGAAAUGCACAGGCAGCUUGCCCUCAGUUUGAGGCUCAAACAAUCAGCAAGGCUGCAAUCUCUCCCCCAGAGCCCCCCAUUGAUGAGGAAGUACUGGUGUUCCCAUCUGUGGCAGGUGAGGAUGAGGAUGAUGUCAAGUCUAUCCGCUCUCACCGCAUCAAGAUGGAAACUUCUGGCAACUCUCUGGAGGAGUCCAUGGAGGAAGGCAGAGUGGAGGAGAUGUCUGUUAGUAAGGAUGGUGGCCUCCAAGACCCUCACAUAGAGCUGGACUCUCCAGAAUUUGAUGGACGGGAUUCCAUCAUGGAGUCUCCUGAAGGCUCCUGUGACUCACGCUGCUCAGAGAAGAGCACCAUGUGCUCCAUAUCCUGAAAUGGACACCAUCAGAGACAUGAAACUCAUGCCAACUCUGGCUUUGGCCUGGAUUUCCCAUAGCGUUUAAUAUCACUUUAGUGCCUUAACACCUUAGUUUCUCAGUGAACACCCGCAGAACUGAUUUACAGAUGUUGCUGUCAGAGGUUGAUCUGUAUUGCAGAAGUAAAGCAUUAUCAUGUAUAUAGACUGAUUAUAAGAAUACAUCAGCACGUUCCUACCCAAUCUCUGUCUGCUACAUCUGUAGCAUAUGGUCAGUUAACAUAGACAAUCAUUUUAUCACAUUUCCCUUAACAGAAAAGCUCAUUGACCUUUAUAUUAAAUAGCAAAUGUUUAUGCAAAACACUUUCAAUUAGGUAUGUGUAGAUUAAUCUACAGUACAGUGUACAAGUGAAAGACCUCCUUUCAUUUAUUUCAUUUCCAUCCAAAACAGCCAUUAAGAACAAGUUGUUGUCCAUCAGACAACAUUACACCGAAGCUUUGACAACUAAGUAUAAGAUCAGACUUUAUAGUAUGUGGUGUGUCCACUCUUUACCUUUAAUACAGCUUCCAUUCUUUCAGGAUACUCAGUUUUUUAAAGAAAUCUGCAGGGAUAGUUUUUCACACCUUCAAAGUUCAGUCUUAGAAUUGGUUGUAUUUUCUGAUUCUCACAAUUUUAGAUUUACUACUCUAUAAAUUGCCACUCCACAUCUCAGAUGACUAGUUUUGAUGUAGUAGUACAAUAAUGUUCUUCCAUUUUUUCAGUAAGGGCUUCUUAACAACAAAACAUGCAUUCAGCUAUAGAACUUAGCUUGUUUCAAGCAUAAAAAAGGAAAAUAAUUGGUAUUAUUUCUUGAAAUAAGCAAAAUUGGGGCAGUCAUGGGCUGGAGGUUAGGGAACCAGCCCUGUGACCUGAAGGUCACUGGUUCAAUCCCCAGAU